AAAGGUAGACAAGAAAAUUUCAUCGUACAAUUUUUCAAAAAUGUUUGGUAAUGUUUUAUCCGUGUAAAGAACUGUUAUGUUUAUUGACUGAUGGCCGACAAUUUGCUGACAAUAGAUAAAUUGUCAUAUUUUCAUACUAUAAAUAUUUUUUUAAUUGAACUAGAGAAUUGAAGGCUUUUUAUUAAGAUCUUGCUUUACGCUUCUGAGACCUCGUGAUGGCUUCAAGCGAGGUGACGAAGCUUCAGCAGCACUUAGCGCUGCUGAAGGAGGAGUAUGGAAAACUGCAGAGUCACUGUGCCGAGGUGGAGCGGAAGUACACGCUGGCGGCGGCUUCGGCCGGUGAUCUGAGUGAGACCAGCUUUGUGGCGCGCCUCCUCAUGACUGUGGCUACCCUAUACGGCAGGGAGACGUACUCUGACAUCAGCAUCAAGCUGCAGAGCAAGUCCAUGCCCGGCCACAAGUUCGUCCUAAACGCGCGCUCAGACGACUGGAAUGAGGAUGCACUCAAAAAUCUAGAAGAACUAGAUUGGUCUACGCUUCCUGAUGAGAUAGGAGCAGCUCUCCUCAAGUGGCUUUACACAGAUGUAGUGGACCUUUCUCGAGGAGAUACUUUUGCUUUACAACUAAUGAAGUCUGCGGCAAGUUUCAAACUUCAUGGAUUAGUUGGAAAGUGUGAACAAGCAUUAAUUGCAUCAGUAGGAGUAAGGACUUGUGUGAAGUUCUACUCUGCAGCAGAUGAGAUUGGGGCAACGGCUCUCAAAGAGCAUUGCUCGGGACUUAUAUCUGCACACUGGGAUGACCUAACAGGCGAGGACUUCGCGCACAUGUCCUCUGCUCUGCUGUACCGCAUGCUGAAGAGCAAGACCGCGCAGCCGCUCCACGGCGCGGUGCGGCUCAUGCGGGAGGACGUCGUGUUCCUCUGCCUCGUCGAGAACCACGCGAACUUAACAGACAUAGUAAACGCGAUGUCGACGCGCGGUGAGCUGCCGCUUGAGCUGGCGCUCCGCGGGCGCAGCUCCUCCAUAGCUACAACACUGCUGCAGCACUGCGCAGACGCCGACGCCCGGGGCCCGCGCGGCAGGACACUCCUGCAUCGCGCCGUCGACGCUAGAGACGCCUUCUCCGCUAAGUUCCUCGUCGAUAAUGGCGCAGAUCCCAAUUUAACCACAAAGGAGGAAGGCGACACGGCUCUUCACCUUAUAGCCUCACUCACAUCCAGUUCAUGUGACGAAGAGACAAUGGAACAGAUGGCCGAAAUCGCUGACGUCAUGAUCCAGAAGAGCGCAGACAUUAAUAGACAGAACCGGAAAGGAUUUACACCUCUCCACCAAGCAGUGAUAGCUAGGAACCAAAGGAUAUUCGACUUGCUCCUCAAACAGCCCACCUUAGACACGAACCUCCGCACGCUUUCCGACGAACACCCACCCCUGUACUACGCACUCGUCGACGACAGACGCGCCUCCAUAUCAUCCAGCGAGACUUUAGUCAUGAACGGAUCCAAUCCCUUCGAUACACCGGUUACGAACAAAAACGCCUUUACCGAAGACCCAGUGGAAGGCAAAACUGAGAAUAUCAUCGAAAGAGGUUUCGCUGCCAAGCUCUUGGAGAAGGGAUGUCAACCAAAUCCUUUGUACACAAAUUCUGGAGACAGUUUGCUUCAUAUUCUUGCUCAAGGAUGGUUUGAGGAUUCAGCAGUAUUCCUGGUGUCCCACCUGAGCGGCGAUCUGAACCACAGCAACGAGGCGGGCAUGUGCGCGUUACACGCGGCGUGCGCUAACGGCCUCGCGAGGCUCACCGCCGCACUACUGGAGCACGGCGCCAGGCCGAACCUGCAGACCGCGUAUGGGGAGCAGGAGGAUACUGUGUAUAGGCAAUCGCCUCUACACCUAGCAGUAUUAAACAACCACGAGGGCGCGGUAUUAGCCAUCAUAGAGCACAAGAAGCUUAUCGAGCGCGGCGACAUGCCGGCUACGGACCGCAGUAGCGUAAGCCUCACUCCCAACCUCAACCUCAAGAACUCGGAGGGCGAUACGCCAGUCAGCUUAGCACUUACUGAAGGUCACAAAAACUUGGUGGCACCAUUGAUUGAGGGUGGGGCUGACCCCAACAUCCGCAACGGGAAAGGCUUCACGUUACUACACCAAGCUAUUGUUGAAGAGGAUUCCAGGACAGCUAUAUACUUGCUCGACCAUGGAGCCGAUAUGAACGCACUUACGGAAGUGGGCGAGACGCCCUUACAGCUGGCUAUACACUGCCGGCUCGGGCUGGUGGUUGAGGCGCUGUGCGUGAGAGGCGUGGACAUGAGCCGCCUCGACGCGAACGCCGUGCCGCCGCUGUGGGCCGCGCUCGACUCCGGCCAGGAGGAGGUCGCCAGCAUUCUUGUGAGGAAUGGCGCUGAUGCUGACUGCUGGGGUCCUGGGCCAGAUGGAUGUCUGCAGACGUUGUUACACAAAGCUAUAGACGAGAACAAGGAAUCCCUGGCGAUGUUCCUGAUCCGCUCCGGUUGUGACGUGGAGUCUCCGCGCCGACUCGGGCCCUCCGGUGAGGGCGCUGACGUCGCGAACGAGAAACACUCGCCGCUACAUCUGUGCUGUACUUGGGGACUGACUGACGUUAUACAGACUCUUUUAGAACACGGGGCCAACAUAAACUCUAAAGACGUGGACGGCAAGACGCCCCUCCACAUUGCCAUAGAGAACCAGCACGCGGGCAUCAUCUCGCUGCUGCUGUCUCAGCCGGGCAUCGAACUGUCGGCGCGGGACAAUCGCGGCGUGUCGCCCUUCGCCGCCGCACUCACCGCGAGGAACAACAAGGCAGCUCAAGCUAUACUAGAGAAGAAUCCAUCGGCAGCUGAACAGGUGGACAAAAAAGGCCGCAAUUUCUUACACGUGGCGAUCCAAACCUGCGACGUGGAGAGCGUGAUGUUCCUUCUCUCGGUGGAAGUGGACGUGAACUCGCGCGUGCAGGACGCGUCGCUGGCGCCGCCGCUGCACCUGGCCGCGGCCGCGGGACACGAGGUGCUGCUGCGGAGUCUGCUGCUGGCCGGCGCCAGGCCCAACGAUAGAGAUGCGCAUAAACGCACAGCACUGCACGUGGCGGCGGGCGCGGGGCACGAGGCCAUCGUGAGCGCGCUGGUGUCGGGCGGCGCGGAGUACGGCGCCGUGGACGCGGCCGGCGACAACGCGCUGCACGUGGCCGCGCGCGAGGGACACGCCGCCGCCGCGCGCGCGCUGCUCGCCGACACUGACAUCGAUGCGGCCGCCGCCAACCUUAAGGGUAGGAAUCCUCUUCAUGAACUGUGCUGGUGUAAAAAAGACAAUGCGGCAACAAUCUGUGAAAUAUUCCUCGAGUUUAUGCCAGAUUAUCCUAUCAACAGGACUGACCUACAGGGUAACACUCCACUACUCCUAGCGUAUAUGAACGGGCAGGGCGCGAUGUGUCGCGUGCUGGUGCGAGCGGGCGCUUGUCUCGCGCAGGAGAACAAGGACGGAAUAUCUAUAUUUAAUUAUCAAGUGGCAACAAAGCAGUUGCUCCAUCGUCUGCUGGACGUGUUGCCGGCGGAGGCGCCGUGGGCGGAGAGCGACCUGUGCCAAGAGUGCGGGACCAAGUUCACGCUCACCAUGAGGAAACACCACUGUCGGCAUUGCGGGCGUAUGCUGUGUAACAAAUGCUCUAGCCAGGAUGUACCUAUUCUCAAGUUCGGCAUGAACAAGCCGCAGCGGGUCUGCGAGAUCUGCUUCAACGUGUUGCAAGUAGGCGCGAGUUAGUGACGUAACAAUAGCUCUUCGGCACUGACGGAACACAUGUAUGCAAGCCAUGAUUGGUUGGAACUCGAAAGCGCUCGGACUACGACACUACACAUACACUGUGCCUUUUAUAUCUACAACAUUCCGGUGUAAGCUGUCUAGUUUCGUAGUCUAGGCACGCCAUCAGAUAUGAUCUAAAUGUAACCCAUUCAUAACUCGGUAUGCGAUUUUUAAUGUGACCAUUAGUCGCGUAGUUUUUUAUAAAAUAUUUUAUUGCGAAAGUAAUAAAUCACAGGCACACCCCAGUGACUAGAACAAGCAAUAUUUCUCAUAUUUUCAAAUGAGACUAGAUCACAAAUAAUUGCUUUGAGUUUUUUUUCCUAUUAUUAUAGAGCCUAAGUACGUAUAUUAUGAUGUCUAGAGGCAUUUUCUUUACUCAUUUUAUGAAAUUUGUUUAAAAUUCAGACUUGGAUAAUGUUGUCUCUUUAGGUAUUAAUGUAUUGUUAUGCAUCAACAGUUAUAUGAGAAUGUGAUUUAGUUAAGCUUUUAAGGUCACAGUUGACUUCUAGUUGCGAAGUAUACCCUACUAUAUAAUGCCUAGAAUGUAAUCUUUGAAAGCCAAGAGCGCGUCCAUUAGAUACUUAAAAAUAGUGCCUCCAAUCUUUUUACGACACGAUAAAUUGUUUCUUUACAAAAUUAUGCCAAAGUUUUGAACGUGCUUUUGUUUCCAUAUUUUAGCUUUAAAAUAUUGAGUAUAUUUUAUUGGCUUAUUUAUUCUAUAUUGUUGGUAUUAUUGUUCAAAUUUUAUAUCGCUUAUAAUGUUCACACAUGAAAAUGUCUCACAUACAUAUAUUUAUUUAUGUAGAAGUAAGUUUAUUUGAUUUAGUAUAGUUUUGUUCUAUACUGUGUCUAGUUACUAAAGCUCACAUGUGCGCAGGUAGUGUGCGCUGGCUAAAAUACGAAUUAAUAAUAGUUACAUUACUAUAGUAGCCAGCGGUCUAUGUGAAUUACUGAGUCACAUCUACCCACAGAGGCAUACAAAUGCCGUGCACUGAGAUUACAGUUUGAAAAUUUAUAAUUUGAUGCGUGGUUUAAUAUGCGUAAUAAAUGUUUUCCUCUUUGUUGUCUUAUUGUCCGACAAUCUUUUAUUCCUGUAUCAAUAUCACUGCAUUUUGUAACUUUCAAAGUCAAUUUCAUUAAUUUAGUUAUAGGAAUUUUAUAAAUAAUGAAAUGUAUACUUUUAAUGCUUAGGUUUAAGUCAACUAUUAUACAAUGUUUACAAUUUGUAAAAUUAACAUUUCAUGAUGUUUAGCAUUUGUUUUGACAUUCCGAUUACUGUGCACAGGUUUAUGAAAUACACUCUGUAUAAAUUGUGUUUAUUACA